UUUGACCUGACAAGUCACAUGUAGUCAACAUGGCGGCCGCCGGGCAAGAAAAUAAUUUUCCGGACGGAAAAAACGGAAUAAACGGCGAUUUUCCGGAAAACGAGCUCACCAACGCCGCUUCUAUUCAAGAUGUUGAUCUUUUGGAAGAGGAAAACGACAGAGAAACGUUGGUGUCUCCCGGGCAGAGUCCUAACAAAGAGGAUGACAAGAGCAGGUCCAGAAGUAGGAAGCCGUUCCACUACCCGGCAAACAGACGUACGUCAGAGGAGCUGGACUCACACAGUACCCUCGCUACCUACAACCGCUAUCGAUACUACAGCAGGCUCGCUCCUCCUGAUGACCACAGGAUGCGAAUCCCAGACCACAUCGUGCCGGCCUCCCUGUUCUACCCUCCCAUGUUUGUGGACACCUCACAGAAACAGGGAAGCCUCAUCACCAUUUUCUCCAUCUGGAACACCAUGAUGGGGACGUCCCUUCUCAGUAUGCCCUGGGCACUCGGACAGGCUGGGUUUGUCCUUGGCCUGGUGAUUAUGGUGGUGAUGGCAGGAAUCACCCUCUACACCUGCUACAGAGUCAUCAAGUCUGUGGAUGGUGUUGACCAGGAAGGAGAAGUACUAGAGUUCUCGGAUGUGUGCAGACACUACCUAGGCCGGUGGGGGGAGGGCUGUAGCGUGUUCUUCUCACUCUCAGCUCUCCUGGGUGCCAUGAUCGUCUACUGGGUCCUCAUGACAAACUUCCUCUACAACGUCGUCAGUUUUGCUUACGAAAAUAUCCACACACCAGGGAAUGAGACCUCUGCUUCAACUGAAGUGCUCUGUCCUGUGAACUCCUCCCACACCCCUCACAACGGGAACACCAGUGGUAUGUUCCUCCUGGCGACGCCCGGCAACGAGGAUGACACCUUCCACCACGUCUGGGAACGCGUCAAGACAGUUCCCUUCUUCCUGGUCAUCUUGGUCUUCCCUCUCCUCAACUUCAAGUCUCCCACUUUCUUCACCAAGUUCAAUGCUCUUGGCACCAUGUCAGUAGUGUACCUGCUGGUGUUUGUGUGUGUGAAGGCUUCACAAUGGGGAAUUCAUCUGGACUUCACCCAUACGGGCAAGGAUGUGGACGUCAAAGGUAAGUCAGAGAGUGUACUAACUACUGUUGCCAUUUAGGGUCGUGACCUGACCAUAGCGUACGUCUGUGUGAUGGUUACAUACGUGGUGGUAGGAGCUGUGUUCUACGCUGCCUUCCCAAAACACAAGGACUGUAUAGAGGAUAACCUACUAAACAACUUCAGUAACACGGACACGCUGGCGUUUGUGGCGAGAGUGUUCCUCCUGUUCCAGAUGUGGACAGUCUUCCCUCUCCUCAUCUACAUCUUCAGACUACAGUUCAUGCACACCUUGUUUGGGUCCACCUAUCCCAGUUUUGUCCAUGUGAUAGUUCUGAACCUGCUGCUGGUGGGAGUUUGUGUCAUCUUCGCCCGAUUCUUACCUCAUAUAGGAACCAUCAUCAGAUUUUCUGGAGCGUUCUGUGGUCUAGCCUACAUCUUCACCCUACCGUGCCUGGUGUACUUAGUGAUACUGAAGCAGGCAGGCCGACUGACCUGGCCCACCGCGGCUGUACACGGCUUUAUCAUCCUGCUGGGACUCGCUAACUUUGUGGGGCAGUUCUUCUUCCUGAACAAGACGUAAGGACCUCAUCAGUACUAGUUCAUCUGUUCUCGUUAAACAAAAAAAUGUUCAUUUCAUGUCCGUUUAUCAGUUAUUCUAACUAACCUUUAGCACACUGAAGUACAUGUAGCCAUUCUGAAGUGAA